UUGUUUCACGUGCUGCAUUUUACAGAAUAAAUCCCUUUCCCUCUGAAAACCCAGAGCCCCUCGUCCGUCGGCCUCUGCUGAUUUUCCUUCCGUAGUUUAUCAGGCGAGCAGAGCUGAGUUGAGCUUCAACAAUGGGUCGCAAAACCAAAGAAACCUCCGCCGCCGUCGGCGAGGCAGAACCGCUACGGACCCAACCUCUCCACGAAACCACAGCCGAGAGGAGGAAGAAGCAGAAAAACAAAGACGAAGAAGAAGCCCAACUCAGUUCCAGCCCAAGAGAUUGCUCCUCAGGAAGAAAACUCAGAUUCUAUUGAGUUUAGCUUCAAACUGGAUUUGGGGUUAAUCGUGCGGACUAAGUAGUUUUAACUUAAAAACUUCAGCCUAAGGACAUCAUCAUUGGAGCUCCUGGUCGUUUGAAAGAUCUCAUUGAAAUGGGUGUGUUGCCUGAAGGAAGUAUCUUUUACGCUCGCCAAAUGGACCCUAAUCCUGUUAAGGUUGUUGUUGGGUCAGAGGAUUUAGCUGCCAACCAUGAUGUUAUGCAGAUAGUUGAGGUGUUGGAUGAACAUUCACGUGAUGGGCGCUUAGUUGCAUUGCUAGAAAAAUACCACAAAUCUAAAGAGAACAGAGUUUUAAUUUUUGCCUUGUACAAAAAGGAAGCCACUUGUGUUGAGAUUAUGCUGUAAAAAGGGGGUUGGAAGGCUGUUUCUAUGCAUGGUGACAAGGCACAAAGUGAGCGUACGAAGGCACUUUCUCUAUUCAAGAAAGGAAGCUGCCCCCUGAUGAUAGCUACUGAUGUGGCUGCUCAUGGAUUGGAUAUUCCAGACGUUGAAGUAGUGAUUAACUAUAAUUUUCCUCUCAAUACUGAGGAUUAUGUCCACCAAAUUGGGCGGACUGGAUGGGCUGGAAAGGAGGGUGUUGCUCACUUUUUCACACAUCGGACCAAGGGACUUGCGGGGGAGCUGGUCAAUGUUCUUAGAGAAGCCAGCCAAAUUGUGCCUGAAGCCUUGUUGAAAUUUGGUGCUCAUGUUAAGAAAAAGGAGUCCAAACUUUACGGGGCUCACUUCAAAGAGAUUCCUGCAGAUGCUCCAAGGUCUCAAAAAAUCACCUUCAACUCUGACGAUGAAGAUUAGUUCACAUUGCGAUUAUGAAACCAUUUGUGCUACUCAGAGCAGUAAACACAUAAAGUUGGCUAUGGGAACUAGUCCUGGCUGCAGCAACAUAGAAUGAUAGAACAGAACGGCCUGACGGCUACCGGGUAAGGAAUGUGCACUCAUCUGCUAAUUCGGAACAAGCUUUUACUGCUCAUACCUAAUACCCUUUUGAUUUUGGUUUCCUCAUCAGUUGUAUUUCACGGAUGCUCUACGAUUAUUUGCUUUCGAUCUUUGUAAUACUUGUAGCGUUUUACGUCAUGAUUGUUUUACUUGUGGGUAUCCAUAUGAACCAGUUGCUUAGGAAACAAGAUUUAUCCCACUUGUAAUUUUACCACUCUAAAAGUGUGACAACCUGUUCUAAUUAUUUUUACGGAUUUUGAAACGGAAGGGUAUUUUCGUAAAUUUUUACUUUGGGCUAGAUAUUUUGAAAUGAAUGUCCUUUUGGUCUUAAAUGGUGUGCCCAAGGGGGCCCACCCUUGAUUUUGUCCCCCGGCCCAAAUCCCUCACCUCUCCUUAUCUCUUCCCCCUCCUCCCCGUUAACCAUUUUCGGACCUCUCUCUCUAUUCUCUAUGCGCUCUCCCUCCCCUCUCUGAAAACAACAUACACAUACACACCCAUACAUACUUACAUGGAUGCACCAACUCGCCAUCUCAGUGGAGGAAGGAGGAUCCUCAACAGAUACCAGCCUCCAAACCCAUAACCUCGUGGAACAACGACUUCCUCUUUUGGAAAAACCUAUUACUUAUUAUGCUAUACGAGUUUUCUAAACCUGGGGGACUUAGGUUCAAGGCGUACAAUCCCGGCAUCAAGGUACUCCUGCAUCGGCAUCUUCGAGUCCUUUCGGUGUAGGACCAAUCUCUUUGUUCAUUCAAUUUUAUAUUAUUCAUUUUUAGUGUCUCCGAUUAGUUGUGUGCAAUGAACACGUUUUAUAAAUGCAUAUUCAUUAUAAUUAAAUUUACAAGUUUUAUUUA